GUUAAAUAACAACAUGACAGAGCAAUUGCCUCUCACUCAAAAUACAGUGGCAAGCAUCAUCCUGGGACUGGCUUGCCUCGUGGGAGUCCCAGGGAACGCGCUGGUCAUCUGGAUUGUACUUUUUGCAGUGAAGAAACAAAGAUCCCCCACUGUCAUACUCAUCCUGAAUUUGGCGAUAGCUGACGAGCUUGUUCUGAUCACUUUGCCUCUGUGGAUCUAUGCCUUUGUGAACGGCUGGGCCUUUGGACAACCAUUUUGCAAGUUCCUGAGCUACAUCAUCUACUGCAACAUGUACGUAAGCAUCUUUCUCAUCACUGUGAUGAGUAUCGAACGCUUCAUGGCCGUUAUCUACCCACUUGCCAGCCAGCGAUGGCGCCAGAACAAGGUUGUUGUGAAGGUGGUGUUCAUUGUCUGGGUUUUGUCUUUGCUCUUUUCAGUUCCUGUCCUUCUAUACCAGGUGGUGGGUGCUGAUGACACUGGACAGCAGUACUGUCUGUACAUGCAGUAUGAAACCGAUAAGGAGGAAAUCUUUUGCAUGGUGUUUCAAACAUUGGUUUCUUUUGUCAUUCCAUUCGUGGUGCUGUCCAUUUCUUACAUUUGCAUUGGGAGGAAGGUGAAAAGCAUGAGGUUUAAUACCAAAAACAGAACUGGGGUCGUGAUUGGCAGCGUGGUGAUUGUGUUUUUCAUCUGCUGGAUGCCUCACAAUGUCUUAAAUCUGAUUUCAGUCGCAGCACUGAUGACAUCCAAUGAAGCCAUAUCAGAAACAUUAAAUGAUAUUUAUACUGGUGGCAUCUUCAUUGCUGGAGCUCUAGCUUUCAUCAACAGCUGCAUCAAUCCUGUAUUGUAUGCAUUUGCUGCCCGGAAAAUUCGUAGUGGUUUUCAAAUAUCAGCCCUGACUAAGUUAUUUGACCAGCUCACCCAUUCUCAUAAAGAAGAAUCAAGAAAAGAAUGCAUGGACAACACCAGAAAAGACACAAGUAUUACCAUGGAAGAGAAGGACUGUUUACAGGAUACCUAAAAGUAUUUUUUUAUCAGCGAAACAAAUUUAGGUAAAGCUUCCUGUUUAAUAGCUGCCAAUCCCACAACUUCACGUCUACUUGGGUCUUUCCCGUUAACACUACUGCUGUCUACCAUUGUAACAAGUGCUGUAAAAAGGAAGCUUCUGGACUUCCUUCUGUGCAGGACAAAAGAAAAGGGCCAUGAGAUAGCCCUCCCAUCUAAUCACCAAGCCCCUUUUGUUGAAGCCUCCAUACAAUAUGACAGCUGAGGCAGAGAAAUGGUCAAUGUGGAAUGCUUAUUCUAAGGUCCCAGGCACUGGUGUGACAUGGCAUUGCUUCAAAUCGUUCUCAAAAGUUCUUUCCCCUUACUUUAUUUGCGGGAAAUUACCAUCAACAAAGUUAGAUGGUUAGUGUGAAGAUUGCAGCAGAAUUUUAAAUCUUUUGCUUCAAACUUUGACAGCUUGUUGAACUGCUGCAGAUUAUCAUUCAUCCACUUCUUGCUGGCAAAGUCGAAAAUUUUCCUAUGACUAUUUAGCGCAAAAGUGUGAUAUUUCAUAGAUGCAGCAAAAUGUUAUGCCUUGUCUUUAUGGGGACAAAUUUCUCUUUGUCCAUCUUGCCAAUCAGUAGCCAAAUCUUAUCCAUAGCGAGGGAGCCUGACCAUCACCUGUUUGGAAUUAGACAUCUCAAUCACUGAUGCUGCCAAAAUUCAUCUGAUAAUUAAGAAUAAAAACAAUUUCUCUUUGGAAAUUCCAAGAUAAUAA